AUAAUUGCCACUGCCACCACCAGUUCAUCACCUCCUCUCAGGUAUUGACCUGCUGUAUAUAAACACCAAAAGUGGUCAUUGGGAGCAGGAUUCCUCUCUGGUGCGUCGUCGAGGGGACUUGUGUGUGCGAGUGAGAGAGAGCUGCAAUGCAAAAGUAUUUGAUCGUGGUGGCGGGGCUGGUGUUGGCCCUGGCCGUGGUGUCCUCCUGGGGUCAAGAGGACGGGGAGAAGGAGACGGACUUGGAGGGUUCAGACUUUCUCUUCAGACCAGUCUACAUCCGCUAUGGCUGGCAACCCUCGUCCGGAGGGGGCUGGAAGGGCGGGUCCGGCGUAGCCCAGGGUGGCGGCGGGUGGGGCCAGCCCUAUGGCUACGGCUGGGGAUCCUACCACAAAGAGGGAGGGAAAAAGAAGAAGGGAAAGAAGAAGAAGAAGAAGAAGAAGGGGAAGAAGAAGAAGAAGAAGAAGAAGAAGGGAAGCAGCAAAAAGGGUGGAUUUUGGUACUAUUGGGGUCCAGUUCAUAAGGAGAAAAAGGGCUGGGGUAGCGGUGGUGGGGGUGGAGGUGGAGGAGGUGGUGGUGGUGGGGGACAUGGUGGUUGGGGAGGAGGCGGUGGCGGUGGCCAUGGCGGCGGCGGCCAUGGCGGCGGAGGCGGCGGCGGCCAUGGCGGCGGAGGCGGCGGCGGCCAUGGCGGCGGCGGAGGCGGCGGCUGGGGCUGGAAGAAACCCCCAAUCCAUCGCCACGUCCAUUACAAAGCGCCGAAAUUCCCUCAAGGCGGUGCUCCCGUCGUCAUCAAACAUCCCCAGCUCAAUCUCCACCAUGAAGUCGUCCACGGUUGGGGAGGCGGUGGCGGUGGUGGAGGCGGCGGCGGCGGCGGAGGUCAUGGUUGGUAGAGAGAGAGAGAUAGUAAAA